UGAGUGAUGGUUUUGUGCACGAAAUUGGCGCAAAAUUUAGUUUUUUAUUUAAGCAAUUUGGUAGUAUUAAUUAAAUGAUGGAAGAAGAAUUAAUAGAUGAAGAUAUCGAUGGAUCUAUUCAUAGUAUACAUGUUCGAAAUUUUUUUUGUCAUGAAAAUUUAGAAGUAAACCUCAACCGUAACGUUAAUUUCAUUGUUGGUCGUAAUGGUAGCGGCAAAAGUGCUAUUUUAACAGCUUUGGUGGUUGGUUUAGGUGGCAGAGCUUCUGCUACGAACCGGGGAAGUAAUCUUCACUCUUUUAUAAAAAAAGGUGCCAACUCUGCAACCAUUGAAAUUAAAAUAAAGAAUAGUAGCCCUAAAGCCUAUAAGCCUAAUGAGUAUGGAGAUUUUAUCACAAUUAUCAGAAACAUCACUGCUUCAGGAAGCUCUAGUUACAAAGUGAAAUCUGCAACUGGUGAGGUAAUAUCAACAAAAUUUGAGGAAGUCAAUGCCAUCAUACUAGCUCAUGACAUUCAGGUAGACAACCCAAUAUCAGUGCUCAACCAAGAUGAUGCUAGGAGCUUUCAUGCAUCCGAUGCCAAGAAGAAGUACUCACUUUUCCGUAAAGCGACAAACUUAGAUCAAACUGAAACUAAUUAUAUUAGAGCCCUUGAGAACUGCAACAAAGCCACUAGUAUUUGGAACAGGAAGAAUGAGGCCAGUUUAGUAUUAGAAAAGGAAUAUAAGAAAUGGAAAGCCAGUCAUGAACAACUACAAUCUCGAGAUGAAAUCGAAGCCAAAAAGCAGGCUUUGCAGAAUGAAUAUUACUGGAGUGAGAUAGCAGAUUUUGAACGAGAGGUUGCACUCAUACAAACCCAGUACGACAAGCAAAAGGCUAAGAUUGACAAACUGGUGGAGAGACUCAGUAAAAUGAAUCAGCAUUAUGGCACUAACACUGAAGCUAUUGAUGCACUGAAAGUCCAGCUAGAUGAGAAGACCUUAGAGAGGUCAGCUUUAGAGCAGGAGUUGCGUGCGUUAGAAGCGGAGGUGCGCCGCGAACAGGAGGACUGGCGCUCCCAGCAGCACGCGGGCAGCAAGCAAGCAGACUUGCUUGCCAGAGAGACCAGGAAAAUUAAUGAUUUGGAACGGGAGAUCAACAAUAUCGGUUCAGGUCAGUCGGCACAGCAGCGCGCGGAACUGGAGCGAGCCGCGGCGGCCGCGGAGGCGGCGGCGGCGGCGGCGGAGGCGCGGUACUCGACGCUGCAGAACGACUCGGCGCAGGCGCGCGCCGCCGCCGCGCACGCCGCCGCCGCACACGAGCGCGCCGCCGCCGCCGCCGCCAGCGUGCGGGACACACUGCGACACCUAAAACAGCAACUGCGCGAGCUGGAGUCUCGUGGGAACGACUCGUUGGCGGUAUACGGCGGCAACAUGGUGGAGUUGUGCCAGAGAGUGAAGCAGGCCGCCGCCAGAGGAGAGUUUAGUGCACUCCCGAGGGGUCCGGUCGGUGCUUAUUUGAAGGUGAAAGAAAAGAAAUGGGGUGGCGCUAUUGAACAUAUUAUUGGCGGUUCCAUGAUGUCAUUUUGCGUGAACUGUCCAGAGGACUCCAGGAAACUUUUCGAAAUUAUGGGGAAAGUGUACGGCAAGUCGUCGAAGCCGAGCGUGACCUGCAGCAAGUUUCUGUCGCAGCAGCACGACGUGAGGCGGAACAAGGUGCGCGCGGGCGCGUUCAUAUCCGCUCUAGACUCCAUAGACGUCAGCGAUCCGGUCAUAGCCAACUUCCUCAUAGACAACAUGAGGUUAGAGGGCGUAUUGCUUGUGCCCGAACACGAUGACGCGGUCCGUCUGUCCGACACUGUUGAGAACGUGCCAGUGAACUGCGCUCGCGUGGUCACCCUGGACGGCAGCGAGUACCACCCCGCGCCCAACUACAGGAGUUACGGCGGCGCUGCACAAUCCAGCAAGUAUCUGCAAGUCAGCACCGCUGAAAGGAAGAGGCAAGUGCAAGUCGAGAUACAGGAGACGGAAACGAAACUGAGAGCGCUCGAAGCGAAAGCGGAGGAGUUGAAUCAAGAGUUGCGUGCGGCGCGCGACAACGAGCGUGUGACGUCACGCGCGCUGCAGGCGCUGGUGGGGGAGCGGCACGAGCGCGCCGGGGCCGCCCGCAGCGCGCGCGCCGCGCUCGACGCCCACCACGCGCCGCACCACGCCGUGCUGCUGGAAGAAUUGAACGUGUCAAAAGAGAAAGUGCGCACGUUGAACGAACAGAUGGCGGUUUUCAAGGAAAGGGAGCAAGAGUACAAGCGGAAGGUGGACGCGAACGAAACUAACAUGAGGAGGGUGAAGGGGAAACUUAGUCAUCUCACCGCCGCCUGCAGGACACUCAGUGAGGAGAUAGAGGCGGAGCAGCUGAAGCUAGAGCAGGGCGUGUCUGAGCGCGCCGCGUGCGAGCAGAAGCUGCGCGAGGAGCGCGACAAGCUCGCGCACGUCCACGCGCUGCUCCACGAGAAGAACGGACAAGUAGACAAGCUCACGCAGGAGGCAUUGCUGUUGUGCUCGAGAGUCGACAACCCUAGAGACCGGGCGAUAGUGACGAACGAACUGAAGAAGACUCAGCUGAAACUGAGUUCGCUGCGCGUGGACGGCAUGAGCAAGGCUCAGGUGGCGGAGAAACUGCUCGCGGUAGAGAAACAGUACCGACGGACCAUGCUCACACUGGAAAGGCUCAAAAAGCUUAUAGACGAGAUCAAAAACACGACAGACAAACAUCUCAACUUCUGUCACAGAGUACAGACUUAUAUCGCCAGAAGAGUACAAUAUUGUUUUCAGUCUAUAUUAACGCUACGUGGUUAUUCGGGUCGCAUGGAGAUAGACAACGCGCGCGGCUCCCUCGAGAUAGUGUGCACGGGCCGGGAGGGCGGCGGCAAGCGGCACGCGGCCACCACCUCCUCGCUGUCGGGCGGCGAGCGGUCGUACUCGACGGUCGCGUUCAUCAUGGCGCUGUGGGAGUGCGUCGAGCUGCCGUUCUACUUCAUGGACGAGUUCGACGUGUUUAUGGAUAACGUGAACCGUAAGAUUGUGAUGGAGUUGCUGAUUGAUCAUGCACUGAAGAACACCAACAGACAGUUCGUGUUUCUCACACCGCAGGACGCCUCCGCAGUCACCGCCGGCCCUCAGAUCAGCAUACAUUUAAUGGCUGAUCCACGCCCUUAGUUUACAAGAAACGAUAUUUUCGAAGAGUUUUGUUACUGUUGAUUUUUGUCAAAGCCUAAAGUUAUUUAUGCAUUCCGCGUAUCGUGGUAUUCGAAGUAUUAAGUAAGAUAAUGUUAUCUUUGUUAUUUUUAUUUUUGUAAUAAAACACAAAAUACAAUCAACACCAUAUUUUAUUUAAUACUAUAUCCUUGAAACAUUCAUACAUCGAAAAAUAUGCACAUAAAUGAUCUAUGCAUAUUUAUUGCACUAGGGACGAACAUAACUCCGAACAGAUUGGUUAUGGCUUUCUGUUGAACUGUCUAUGAGAUCACACACACUCAGUAAUGGAAAUACAAUUCAAAAUACCUACUAAAUUAAGUUUUUCUUUAUAUUAGUUCUGAAACAAUUGAUAUAAAAUUACUUAAAUCUAAAAGCGCACUGUUAAAUGAAUAAAGUUCUAUCAAUUCGUUUAAUUAAGUUUAACAAAUCUAAAGUCUUAUUUAUAAGGCUAAGCGCCCUAAGAUAUAAGCGUAAUCGUUUGCCUUAAUUCUAAAAUGAAUUCACUAAAAUGCGCCUUGUAUAGGCUACGCUCAAUGGUUAGCUAAUUAAUGGAAAUUGACUGACUUUUUCUACAUUAAAUUAAUUUUAUCGAGUUAAUAAGAUUGCAGCUGAUUCGCAUUCUGGCAGUCUUUGAACGAAAAGUGCGUUUCGGAUAAAGCGAGAAGUACAUAGCAACAGACAUAAACAGUGAUGCGUGAAUUUGGAUGAAUUAAUGGUUGGAGAUAUAUGAUCGAAAUUUGGUAUUGACAUUAUAAUUUUUUUUUCAGCUACAAUAAUUGUAGUGACGAUUUUUGAAUUUUUUUUUAUGUUAACAAAUAAACUUCAUAUUUAUAAAAUCCUUAAGUAGCAAGUCUUAAUGCUUGCACUAUUUUUCAUAAAUGUAAAAGUAGCAUAGAAAAAGUUACACAUUAAAGAAAAAUACGUAUUAUGUAUAUAUUUUUUUUACUCAAAUCAUACUGAACUUAUGUCUUUAACACUAUUGUUGAAUUAUAUACAUAAUAUUUUAUACUCUGUUGCUUUGCUGCAAGCAAGCAGUAUUAUGUCAUUGUGAGCAAUACAGGCAUGCAUAUUACAGAUAAUAAAUAGUUGUAUAUAAAUUUAUCUACGGCAACAUUUCCCGGUUGCGUUAUGUUGUUUUUAGUCUAAUUUUAUACUAAACAACACCUUUCAAUUAAAGGAUAUGUCUUUGGUUAAAAGGAUAUUCGGCAAAAUUUAUUUGAGUUUUGCAAUUAUAUGAAAAAUAAAUUAAAUCCAACACAGAUAUCAAUCAGUCUCGUGAACGCAAGUUGUUCAUUUAUCAAUUAGCACAAUGCUAUAAAUUACCAUAACUUUAAUUUAUAUUUACACAAAGAUUUUUAAGAAAAUUCAAACUAAACCACUACAAUGUAUUUUUCUAAUAAGAUAAUAAAAAUAUGUUAGAUUAGUGUUAAACUUUGAUACUUCGCAUACAUGUUUCUAUUAAUUGAUUUAAAAAAAAACAAGGCUUUUUUUCCUUACAAUCAGAUUCUGUUAAAAUAUUACAUUAAUAGUAUCAGAGAAGCUAAAUCAUACUAAGAAAAUAAGCAAGAGCUUAUGGAGUAAAAUAUGUUGUAUAUAAAAGAUUAACUUAUUACAUGUUAUAUUAGAUUUACGGUGUUUAAUGAAGAUACAAUUAAAUGAAACAAUUAUACUUGUGCUAAAUCAAACAGAUUUUAUAUUACUGAUUAAAUAAGUAGAUACAUAUUUUGAUGUUUCGUGUCUUAACUCAUUAAAAUAUAUAUAUCUAUAUAUAAUAGACGAUUAGUGAUUCUUUAGGUGCGCAAUGCAUUCAUACUUUUAUAUACAGAAAGCAAAUACUAUGAGAGUUAUAAUAACACAAGUUUUAAUUUUACACAAAUAUUCAUAUAGUAUAAACUGAACGCGUUACAGUAAGAUACAACUGAUGCGGCUAAAAAAUUUUCUAAGCGUAGCAUAUGUUAGCCAAUCAGAAUGAGUGAAGUGUCAAGCCGUCAGGCAAUCCAUCAAUAUCCACACGCC